AUGCAAUUCCGCCCGGUUAUCGCCCUUCUGGCUGUCGCUACUGCCGUCAGCGCUGCUCCCUGUGACAGCUGUGAUGGUGGUGACUCUGGCGGCUCCGGUGGCUCUGACUCUGGUUCCCAGUGCAGCUCUAACCAGGAAUCCAAGUGCUGCUCCGGUCUCACCCAGGGAUUGAACCUCAACAUCCUGCCGGCACUCUGCCUUCCUCUUCUUGGCAACUGCAAUAACCAGGUCGCCUGCUGCGAGAGCAAUGGCAUUGUGCGGACUCCUGAACUGUCUCACCAUUCAGCUCUAGAUUCAUCAAGUAUCGCAACCGCAAGUAGCAAUUUACGAACGGUGUCCGACGAGGAGGAUAUCCGCGACUCGGUAAAUGGACAUGUCUUACUACGGUUCGGGGGAAUUGGGGGUAGUUGUUCCAGCAUCUAG